AACUGAACUGGUGGCUCAAACAAAUCCUUACUCGGCGGCGGACGCAGAACAGGCGGAGCUCUGCUUGGGCCGAGAAAACGAGGAGAGGUGGGCCCACAGAAACCGUCGCCGCGGCAGCACGCGGCGCGGGGGGGCUCCACCCACGGCGCCGAGCUGGAGGCGAGGGCGAGGAGCACGGAGGCGCCGAGCUGGAGAGCCCCCUUACUACUACAACGCGCGUCGCCACCGCCUCCGCUCUCGCGCCGCCGUCUGGCUGCCCACAUGAUGUGCUCCGGUUCGCCGCUACCGGGCGUUCGUGCCGAUUCGAGGUGGUAACCGCUAAUGGCGCAGGGGGGAUAGCUCAUACAAGUUACUUGAAGAAAGGCUCCUCCCUUUCUGUGGAGCAUGCCUCUGAUAUCAUACAAUCAGCGGAUGCGGAUAGAACCAUUGCUUGGAGUGCAAACCGCAACCACCCUGUGCACGGGAGCGGAUCCAAGGUCAUGGUGAACAAGGAUGGUGCCAUGGUUCUAACAGACUAUGACGGCACAGUUGUAUGGCAAACCAACACGAGCUCCACAGAUGUUGAUCAUGCAGAGCUCAUGGACUCUGGGAACCUUGUUAUGAGGGAUCAAGGUGGCAACAUCCUGUGGCAAAGCUUUGACCAUCCGACUGACACACUGCUCCCAACACAACCAGUGACAGCCACCGCGAAGUUGGUAUCGGCCGAUCUCUCACACCCUUCAAGCUACUAUACUUUGCGCUUCGAUGACCAUUACAUUUUGUCACUUGCUUACGAUGGGCCAGAGAUUUCUAAUCUCUACUGGCCUAACCCUGACCUCAGUAGCUGGAUGAAUUACAGGAUUAGUUAUAACAUCAGUAGAAGAGGUGUUCUUGAUAACCUGGGGCAGUUUAUAGCGAGUGAUAACACAAGCUUUGUCUCAGCAGAUUGGGGUCCAGGGAUUAAAAGGCGGUUAACACUGGAUUACGAUGGUAAUCUUAGGCUUUACAGCUUGAAUGAUAGCGACGGGAGAUGGUCAGUUUCUUGGAUGGCUUUCUCUCAGCCUUGUGACAUACACGGCCUAUGUGGUUGGAAUGGUAUUUGUGUGUACACACCAGUUCCAGGCUGCUCAUGUCCUCCUGGUUAUGUGGCCCAGGAUCUGAGUGAUUGGAGCAAAGGCUGCAAGCCAACAUUCAACAUCUCCUGCGGAGGUAGUGAUCAGCGAAUGGGCUUUGUGCGUCUUCCUCAAACUGACUUCUGGGGCUCUGAUCUAAACUAUAUCCCGUCGACAUCGCUUGAUGAUUGCGCUGCGCUGUGCUUGGCAACCUGCCCCUGCCUAGCUUUCGAAUACAAAUUUGAUAACAACGGCUGCUUCCUGAAGUCUGUUCUCUUAAAUGGAAAGACCGUCCCAGGGUACCCCGGUAUAGCACACCUCAAGGUUCCUGAGAGCUUUUUGUCUGAAACAAUCUCGUAUGAUUCACAUACCGAAGCCCUUGAUUGCAAUGCAUCAAGCACACAAGUAAAAGUUCUAAUAUUUGAUUCUGAUGUGCACAGUAAUGGUGGAAAGGCUACAAUGUGGUACUAUUAUUAUGGGUUCUUAGCAGCAUUCUUUCUUAUAGAGGUCUGCUUCAUCGCUUUUGGCUGGUGGUUUAUGGCAAGAAAACAAUCAACACAAUCAGAGAUUUGGGCAGCGGAGGAAGGUUACAGGGUGGUAACGAAUCAUUUCCGCAGGUUUAACUACAAAGAACUGGGGAAGGCCACUAAAAAUUUCAAGGAUGAGCUUGGUCAUGGGAGAUAUGCCUCUGUAUACAAGGGUAUUCUACAUGACAAACGCAUAGUUGCUGUCAAGAAGCUCAAAGAUGUAAAGCAAGGAGAAGAUGAGUUCGAGACAGAAGUGAGUGUGAUUGGGCGGAUCUACCAUAUGAAUCUGGUGAGAGUAUGGGGUGUCUGUUCUGAACGAAAGCACCGGAUGUUGGUCUAUGAGUAUGUGGAGAAUGGAUCACUGGCCAUGUUCUUGUUUGGCAACAAGGGACUACUGCAAUGGGAUCAAAGGUACAAGAUUGCAGUUGGUGUGGCCAAGGGUUUGGCCUACCUUCACCAUGAAUGCUUGGAUUGGAUCAUCCAUUGCGAUGUUAAGCCUGAGAACAUACUCCUGGACCAGGAUUUUGAGCCUAAGAUCAGUGACUUUGGGGUCGCAAAGCUGCUACAUAGAGAUCAAAUUGACCCAAACGUGUCAAAGGUUCGUGGGACCAGAGGCUACACUGCUCCAGAAUGGGCGUCCAACAUUCCCAUAAAUGAAAAGGUGGAUGUGUAUAGCUAUGGAGUGGUGCUUCUUGAAUUAGUCAUGGGGCUUAGAACGUCCGAGUUGGCAGCCAAUGGUAGUGGUGAUGCAGAGGCUGCAUUGAGACAGUUAGUGUGGACAAUUAGAGAGAAGCUGAAAUACGGUGACCAAUCAUGGAUUGCUGGUUUUGUUGAUUCUAAAUUGAACGGCAACAUCGUGCACUCAGAGGUUUCCUUGAUGCUGGAGGUGUCUGCUAUGUGCAUGGAGAAAGAGAGGAGCCUAAGACCGAGCAUGAAUGAUAUAGUGCAGAAGUUUCUGUUCCUUCCGUGUAAUUGAAUUUGGCAAGUCCUUAUGUAACUCUACUUCCUUUUCGUGUAAGGAACUGUUUGAUUGGUAAUUCAGAAUGCGCCAGAUAUAGUCCCUCAGUAUACAACUAUUGUUUUUUCACUUAGAUAUUUCAAGAUGUUUCUAUUAUUGUUGCAGUAAGUAUGGUGAGAUGAGUUCCUUA